AUGAAGAUCGCAGACCGCACCUUCCUCAUAAGCGGCGGCGUCUCAGGCCUCGGUCUCGCAACAGCACGCGCCCUGCAUGCCCAAGGCGCAUAUGUCUCGCUCCUCGAUCUCAACAGCAAAAACGGUGCCAAGAUCGCUUCCGAGCUGGGCUCACGCGCGCGAUUCUUCGAAACCGACGUCACAGACACAUCCGCCAUCGCAGCAGCAAUCUCAGGCACAGUAGCCUGGGUCGCAGAAACAGGAAAGCACAUCGGAGGCGUGGUAGCAGGAGCAGGAGUGGGAAUGCCCGGUUUGAUCAUCGACAAGAAGAACGAGCCGCUCAGUAUCGAAAGUAUUGAUUUCGUGCUCAACAUCAAUUUGAGGGGAACCUUGGAUUUGAUACGUCAAACGUUACCGCACAUGACGACUACGACGCCUUGCAGUCCCGAUGGCUCCCGUGGCGUCAUCAUCAUGAUCGCCUCCUCCGCUGCUUUCGACGGACAGAUGGGCCAGGUAGCUUAUGCAGCGAGUAAAGGCGCGGUAGCCAGUCUCACCCUACCACUCGCGCGCGAUCUGUCGAAAUAUGGUAUCCGCGCUGUGACAAUUGCGCCUAGUAUGUUCGAUAGCGCCAUGACGAAGAUGAUGAGCGACAAGGUGAAGGCGAGUCUGGAGAAAAGCAUGGAGUUUCCAAAGAGGGCGGGACAGCCCGAGGAGUUUGCGAGGUUGGUGGUGGAGUGUGUGGGGAACGAGAUGUUGAACGGGACGGUUUUGAGGUUGGAUGGCGCGAUGAGGAUGCCGGCGAGGCUGUAG